GAGGAGGGUUGUAGUUGGGACGGAGUGCAGAGGAAAGGACAGAAUGCAUGGUGUCUUUAAAAAAAAUAUAUAUGGAUUUGUCUUAAUCAGUGGGACAAGGGCAUUGUCUUGCCUAAUAGUGUAAACCUUUAAUUUUUCUUGAAAUCUAGGUGAUACUUAAAGUUUUAAGAGGGGUUGUUUUAAAAUCUGACUUUUUUUGUCGUAUCAAACUUGGACCAUAUAUCCUCACCCGUCUUCGUUUUCGUCUUUGGACGAGAACACGCCUCCAUGCGCGUUCACCACCCUGGAUACGAGUGAAAACAGUUUGAGUGUCAUAAGGAAUGCCCUAAAUGAUUAAACGUCUCAGAGAAUGACCUUAUGCUAGCCAAAAGAGUAAUACACGUUUCAAACAAGUACUGAGACAAGAUAAGCCAUUCGUAUUUGAGGAGAGUCCAUGCCUAAAAAUGUGUACCCCUCUUCAGACUCCUGACAUCGGAGUACUCAGACGGCCGUCUCUGCGCACACUACAGAGCGAAAGCUUCCGCUGCGCACUACUACACCGGCAGAAGAAAACCGGCUACUGAAAUUCAGUGAGUCCACGUCAUGCGCCACAAUAUUUACCGAAAAUAACCGAGACAAUUUAAUUUCUUCAGUAAUCACUCAGUAAUAGUUAAAAUUACUGCGGCUUCUCGAACGAAAAAUAAACACAUGGAGAGUUUGUCAUUAUUUUCUGAGCUUGGCAAGUAUCACCGCGCAUCUGCUACCCGCUUCUGCACCGACCAAGUAACACAGGUCGAUCCAAGCGAAUACAUGACAACGCUGUGAGGACCGCGUGUUAAGUGAUGGUCCAUCUGACUGACCUCCGACAGCGGGAAGUUAAUUGAGAAUAGUGAUCUUGGACACUUAUGCUGAUGAAAUACUGGAAACGCGAGGACGAUUGAAAACGGCUAGGAUUAGAGACAUGGAUAUAAUGGAACUUUGUCGCAUGCCAAUGUUUUUCGCAAUUGGGAAACGACCCGAUACUUCAAUGUGGUAGCCAGCAGUCAUCAUAUUUUUCAUCAUCUUCUUUCUCAUCCUCUGGAAAAAACACGAAACCAAAUGGAAGUUUUUUGGAGAGCACAAAUUAACAUGUUGCGUGUCUGCGCCCUGCAUACAAUUGUGGUACUUCUUGGAGUUGCAGAAGGACGUCUCCUGGAUGGACUCCCGCACUUCCCAGCCCCGCCCUCCUACCUACCUGUCAACUUCACCCUCCUCCACGGCGACUCCGCCUUCUUUCUGAAAGAGGCCAAUCAGGACAUCAUGCGCAACUCCAGCCUGCUGUCGCGCACCGAGCCCUUCUUCGUGUUCCGCGCCCGACGUACCCCCAUCAUCAACGCCAGCAUUGGGCCCCUGUCUGUAGAGCAGCCCGUGCCCAUGGACCUGCUCCAGCCCUCUGGCUCCAUCUUCCUCCCUUCUUCCUCCUCCUCCUCCUCCUCCUCCUCCUCGUCCCCUCUGUUCACCUUCAACUGGGAGGUGCAGACCUUCAUCAUCUCGGAGCGAAUCUACCUGCGGCGUCCGAGGGUGCAGGUGCUCUUCUACGUGUCGGGUCGCGACUGGGACGACUACAGCACGGUGGGACGGCUGCCCUGCGUGCGCCUGUCCGCCUUCCACGAGACGCAGGAGGCGCGCGGCCUCUGCCAGCUGGGCGGCGACCUGGGCCUGUGUGUGGCAGAGCUGGAGCCGCUGCCGGGCUGCGGGCCUCCGUAG